UAGUCAAGGUAAUAUGCAGAUUAGCGCCAUGGACGCUAGCCCAGGAAACGUUGUCGAGGCUUGCAGGUGGGGGCCAAUCUAUUCCAGCCUCGGGGAUUCCCCCGUCUGCCACUGCUCAGCUUCAUCUCUGCUUUUCGUCGGACCCCUUGAAUUCCAUCGCAAAGUGGUUCAAGCGAUUUCAUUACACGGGAUAAUUCCCUGCAGUCGCCAUAAUGGGGAGUUGUUUUCGGAUGAAAGAGGGGAAGAUCCUCAGAUGGAAUAACGACGUCCCCUGUGCCCCGACAAACGCCGCAUCCCCUUACGCGCCCUGCUGUCUAGUCGGUCACUACUGCCUCAGUAAUAAUAUCUGCAACGAUCCGUAUGGCUUGCCGGGUCUUAAAUUCUAUAAUGCCGAUUGCAGCGACCCGACAAUGCAAGAUCCAUCUUGCGUCACGCGAUGCGGCGGUCGCAAUACUUCCUUCCUCACGUACCUCGACGAAACCAGCGCGCGCUGGGCAUGCUGCACGCGUCAUCCAAACGGUGAACCCGACUGCGCCGCCGUCUCUGACGAUCAAUUCCCUGGGCCUCCGCCCGAAGAACUCACCACUAUCGCGUACAUCUCGAAAGACGGCUCGGCGUCGUACGCGCCUACCUCUUCCCCGACUGCGACGGGUGGCUCUCGUGCUAGCGCUACCGCCGCGAGAAGCUCGUCGUCCUCGGGGAUUGGGGCCGGUGCAGCGGCGGGCAUUGGGGUCGGGGUCGGUCUGGCGGUUUUCAUUGUGGCGGCGACUGUGGCAUUUAUAUAUUUCCGGAAGAAGUGGGGACCGAAGCCGGUGGAGGGGCAGCAUGGUAAUAGUGGAGGUUAUGACUCCGCAGGGCAAUGGGUUGGUGGGAACCCGGCGUUGGUCCAUGCACAUGGCCAGUCGCGGAACAUUCAUGAGCUCGAUAAGACAAGGGAUCCGCCGAGGGAACUCGACGGACGGUACACACGGGAGCUCGAGUAGCGUGGACACCGAGGUCAUGGAUUCCGCGCACGAGGGAAAUACGAUUAUCCACAGCAGUACGCGGGAAUUAUGUUCUGUCUUUGGACUGCUCGGGCGAUAGGGUUGUCGUGUAGCAUGGGAAAACGCUGGAGAUGUGGCAGUCUGGUAAUUUCGUCUGCGUGAACCUGGGCUAUAUCACUUGCCGAUUGCAGCCGAUAUGGAUUCGUGGAUA